UCAACCCACCCGAUUAGGAUUCUAAUUAACCAAGUAAAGGAUCCGACGGACACUAGUGAUUCUUCACCGAUCGAUUCGAUUUUGCCGUGAGGAGAACAAGCUUUGCUGAUCGCAGAUCACGACGAUUCAUUUCGGUGAGCAACUCAACCUUUGGAUUCAAUCCAAACCCAGAAUCCAAGGGUUUCCAAAAAAUUCACACUUUUGUUUGGAAACCCUAGGCUCUGGUUCGUUUCUGGAUCAUCUAUGGUGGGUAAAUUGUUCUGUUGAUACGAGACAAGGUUUUGGAUUUGGAGGAGAAUGAGAGCUGUGAAUUUCAUGUAUAGCUCGAGCAAUCCCAGAUUUCGCGGGGUUUUCAAUGGGCUUUGCGCUGUAAUUAUAUUCAUCUUCUUCUUUGAUCAGAGCGGUAUACUCAGGAACCCUUUAUUAAAGAAUCUGUCUUUAGUUGAUGCUAGUGGUAGAGGAACUGUUUCCCAAUGUCAGUUUAGUAAUGGGUUUAGCAAGUUUACUGUAACUCGUCGACAUAUGAGUGAAGUUGAUGACACUCAUGGUUCUUCUGGUUAUAAUAAUAACACCUUGAGUGGUAGUGGUGGUGGUGGUGAUAGUACUACUGUAUCGUGCUCUGGGUUACAUGAACACAGAGGUUAUGCUGAUGAAUGUGAGUUCUUGAAAUCAAACCCGGUAUGUUCUCCAGAUGGGUUCUUUGAUUACCUCAACUUCUUUUAUUGCUCUUGCGGAGAGUUUAGGAUAUUGGGUUAUGUUGUGUUAGGGGUGUGGCUUGUGGCUCUCUUUUAUCUGUUGGGUAACACUGCUGCAGAUUACUUCUGCUGUUCGUUGGAGAAGCUUUCUAAGCUUUUGAAGUUGCCUCCAACUGUUGCUGGUGUUACUCUACUUCCGCUUGGUAACGGAGCCCCUGAUGUGUUUGCCAGUAUAGCUGCUUUUGUUGGUUCGGAUAAAGGGGAAGUUGGUCUUAACAGCGUCUUGGGUGGUGCGGUGUUUGUGACUUGUAUUGUUGUUGGGAUUGUUUCGCUUUGUGUUGCGGAUAAAGAAGUUAAGAUCGAUAAGAAAUGUUUCAUCAGGGAUUUGAGCUUCUUCCUUUUCACAUUGGUGGCUUUGAUGGUGAUUUUGAUGGUUGGUAAAGUGACAGUGGGUAUCGCCAUUGCCUUUGUCUCUAUCUAUGUGUUAUAUGCUUCUCUUGUUGCUGCAAAUGAGAUUUUGAGGAAACAUUCAAGGAGGUUGAAGCUGGAUUCUUUUAUGCCUUUGCUCCCGAUGCAAGGAAGUGUGUUUUCCCCAAGUGUUGAAGAAGAUAUUCCUAUGUACAGCCCCUUGCUAGAACUUGACACCGAGGAAGGUCCACCUAAGCUGCAUGAUUCUCUACCACAGUGGAUGUGGGCUACAAAUGUAGCCAUCUAUUCAAAUCAUUUCGCAAAAGCAAAUGCAAAUGAUGAAGAAAGACCUCCAUGGGGAUGGACUGAAGACGGUGCAGAAGUCGAGAGCUCGUUAUGUUUGAAAGUCACAUCCAUGCUUGAAAUGCCAUUGACUGUUCCUAGACGGUUAACAAUCCCUUUAAUCGAGGAAGAUAGCUGGUCAAAGACGUACGCUGUGGCUAGUGUCUCAUUAGCUCCUGUCCUACUCUCCUUUCUUUGGAGCAGCCAAAAUGAUACGAGUCUUCAAGCUAGCAUUGUAGCUUACCUUAUCGGUAUUGCGAUUGGAACUACUCUUGGAUUUCUUGCAUACAAAAACACAGAGCUAGAUCGUCCGCCUCAAAGAUACUUGAUCCCUUGGGUACUAGGUGGAUUCAUCAUGAGCAUUGUAUGGUUCUACAUGAUUGCAAACGAACUUGUUGCUCUUUUGGUUACAUUUGGUGGAAUCUAUGGAAUCAACCCGUCGAUACUUGGUCUAACCGUACUUGCUUGGGGAAACUCAAUGGGUGACUUAGUGUCAAACAUCGCAUUGUCGAUGAAUGGUGGAGAUGGCGUACAAAUCGCAUUAUCAGGUUGCUACGCUGGUCCAAUGUUCAACACGCUUGUUGGAUUAGGUAUGUCGAUGUUUCUUGGUGCUUGGUCGAAGAGUCCAGAGACUUACAUGAUUCCAAAAGACAAUAGCUUGUUCUACACUCUUGGAUUUCUAAUAUUUGGUUUGAUUUGGGCUCUUGUGAUGCUCCCUCGCAACGAGAUGCGACCGAGCAAAGUGAUGGGCAUUGGUCUGAUCGCAUUGUAUCUGAUAUUUGUCACGUUCAGGCUCAGCUCCGCCAUGGGAUUCAUACCUUGGGCUUCUUGAAACGCCAAUGUAACCAGCUCCUGUAUUGGCUCCUUAUUGUAUUCAUCAUCUAGUUAGAGAUAUCCCACUGGUUCUGAAGUAAAUGUUUGUUUGUAUUACAUUGAAUGUAACUGAUAAUGAAUCUUAGCCAUUGGAUCUAGGUCGUUGCCUUGGACCGUGUAUUCGAAAAUGGAGAUUGAUGGGCCUUGAUACUAAUGGGCCGAGAUUAUCAACUCAACUCAAUAAUGUUGUUUCGCUAUC